GGUCUUCUCUUCAUCAUCUCAUCACCAUCUCGACAAUCAACCUCAAGAGAGUUUUCAGGGUCCGGCCUGCGACCAGCUCAUCAAAGUCUUACUUUCGGUAUCUAGACAAUCAAUCUCUAUCCUGUCCAGAAUCCUGCAAUAACGGAACCAACCGUGUCUAGUGGCUCAAAUCGGCAACUAUACGAUCUCCAUUUCGUCUGCCUAAGAUAAGGUGUUGUAACAUAGGUACCUAUGGAGUUGUAACUUCGUCAAAAAGUCCUCAUUCAUCGCUCUUUCGCCCGAUCAGCAGCUAUUCGAUUCUCAAAAUCAGUCUUUCUGUUCUCUUUUCGUUUCAUCGGGCCAUCUCACUCACCUCGACACAAAUGAAGUAGACAGCCGACUCACCGACCACAUCAACUCCCCAACCAAAGUGGUUACACUACACCAUAACCAUCACAACACGCCAUCAUCAUCACCAUCAUCAUGGCUCCCCUAGCCAGCGAACCCCGCCAAGUCCGAGUGGUCCUCGACCUCCCCAAGCGCAAGGCACUCUACACACUUGUCGUCGAAACGACAGAUUGGAUGCAAUCCCAGCUCAUUCUCAAAAACCCCAAUCAGAACCCCAACCAGACCAGCACCUCCCGGCAACAAUCCAGAUCCUCAGGUCCAUCUCUCCUCAACAACUUGGAUAACGACGACGCCGGACAAACUGGCCCUCCUCUACCCAGCCGACCAAGCGCCAGUCCGCGCUCCAACUCCAAUUUCAGUGGCAGUGACAAAAUCGGCCCCCUCCGCGCCGCCGCCCUAUCCCACUUCGACACCUGGCGCCCCUCGUUACUACAAUCCCUCAAAGACCUCCUCAGCCCCGCCGAUUCUACGCAAGAAAUCGACGCCCGACGACAGCGCUCCGAUCGGCUGGCCAGGCAAAGAUUGGAGUCCCCAGCGCCUGGUGAGAACUUGAUUGAUUUCGGCGAUCUUCUCGGUCCGGUAGCCGUGGAAGACGGCAAAGCCAAGGCUCUAAGGCAGCGACAGAGGGAGGUGGCGGCUUUGCAAAGCAGAUACCAUGCGAUCCCGACGAGGUUGUCGGCUGCAAGUCAGGAGGAUAGGGAGGAAGUGGUGGUUUGCCUUUUGUUGAUGUUGCUGUCAAGUGGCAAGUAUACAGCAGAGUCAAGGACGUUCUUGGUGUACCUGUGCUCCGCCUUGGAGUUGCCGCUUUCCUUCCUGAACUCCCAAGAGGCAGAGGUAGCUACCAGCUUGGUCGAGUCCUCGACAAGUCCAGAGGCACGGGAACAACAAAUGUCAGCAGCCAAAGAGGCAGAAGAACGGAAGAAGGCCAAUCAAGUGGGCCGAUUCUGGAAAGUUGGCCUGGCUUCCGUUGCAGGAGCAGCCAUCAUCGGUGUUACGGGCGGCCUUGCCGCACCGGCCGUGGCGGGGGUUAUUGGCGGGUUGAUGGGUAGUGUCGGCUUGGGAGGCGUGGCCAGUUUCCUGGGAGUGUUUUGGAUGAACGGUGCGUUGGUGGGAACACUUUUCGGUGCUCUGGGCGCACAAAUGACGGGAGAGAUAGUGGAUCAGUAUGCGCGCGAAGUCGAGGACUUUGCGUUUCUGCCAUUGUCUGGCGGUACGAACCAGGAGAGGUUGAGGCUAACGAUUGGUAUCAACGGGUGGUUGACCGAGUCACUUUCUUCGUUGACUGCUCCCUGGUCGGCGCUGGAUCCGAGGUCGUCGAACCUGUUUGCGCUGCGGUAUGAGGUUGCGGCGAUGUUGAAUCUGGGCAAUGCCAUGAAGGCAAUGGUCACGAGCGCGGCGUGGACAUAUGUCAAGGUCGAGCUGCUGAAGCGCACGGUGCUGGCGACGUUGUGGUCAGCUUUAUGGCCGAUUUCGCUGCUGUCGAUGGCGUCGGCGCUGGAUAACCCUUUCUCUCUGGCGAAAAACCGGUCGGAGAAGGCGGGCAAGAUUCUGGCGGAUGCGCUGAUCAAUCGAGUGCAGGGUGAACGGCCGGUGACGCUGAUCGGGUAUUCUCUAGGUGCAAGGGUUAUUUACUCUUGCUUGCGUACGCUGGCGGAGCGGAGGGCAUUCGGACUUGUUGAUGAGGUCAUCCUCAUUGGUGCACCGGUGCCGAGCGAUAGGGAUGCGUGGGAGACGAUGAGGAGCGUAGUCAGUGGCAAGCUGUGGAAUGUGUGCUCGGGUAAUGAUUAUCUCCUGGGCUUUAUUUACCGGACCAGUUCCAUUCAGUUGGGCGUGGCGGGACUGCAGGAGAUCAGGGGUAUUGAGGGUGUUGAAAAUCUUGAUCUGACGGGCACGGUCAAGGGACACAUGCGUUAUCCGGACAUCUUGGGUAAGAUUCUGGAGAAGUGUGGUGUUGAAAUUAAGGAAGGAUUUGGAGGCGAGAUUGAAGCUGAGCAGGAUCUCACGAGGGAGGAAGAAAUCAUUCUGGCAGAUAUGGAGGCCCAAGGAAAGCUUCCCGCGCUUGUCACGAAAAAAAGCAACCAGGAGGGCGGAUUGGUUGACUUUGGGGAAGACGAGCAUCAGUCGCAUCAUGAUCCGCCGCCCAAGUACGCAGUGAUGGAUCCAUAUGCCUCUUCCUCGAGGCCGUUGAUGGAGCAGCAGCAAGAGGAACAAACACCGCCGCUACCACCGAGACCCCAACCCCAACGGACUACCAUGGCCAAACCUACCUCGUCACUCCAAGCCAGCAGCAACAACCCUCUAGGCUAUUCUAGUCCAUCAUCAUCAUCCAAACCAGCCGCGGAUGACAACUUCUCCAGCCAGUUCCUCUCUGGCCCAUCCUCAACAUCCACAUCCUCUGCGCUCUCCGAUCUAGCAUCUCUGUCACUCACUCCUCAACAAUUCACCUCUACUACCAAUGCGGCCGCCGCUACCCGAUCCCAGCCAUCACAGCCCAACAACCCCCAUCUCCUCCUCCUCCCUUCAGACCAACAACCAAAACCGCUCGGCCGGUCCACCACCACAUCAACCGGUUCCGAUUUCUCUACCGUCCGCGAUGUGCCAGCGAUUCAUCGCAGCAACACUGCCCCCAUUAAGCAAGAUAUUCCGCGGGGUAUCCCCCUUGUCAGCAGCAGCAGCAGGCCGUCGCCACCUGUGCAGUCCAAGUCCGAACCAUUAAAGAAUAGCAUUGGGGAGGAUGAUAGUAGUGAUGAUGACACUGGACGAUAUGGAAUUAAGAUGGUUGAUAAUGAUGAUAGCGAGGGCGAGUUGGGGUUUGUAGAGCCGAUUCCCAUGGAGGAGGAAGGGAGUGGUCACAGUGGUCACAGUGGGCAUGGAGGUAGGAGGUAAAAGGAAAGGAGAGGAAGCGUCUUUGCGUGGGGUGGGUUGAAAGCAAUGUUUGUGGUUUUUCAAUGGUCCAACCGUUCAAUGGUGAAGUUAGGUUGAGUGAUGAGGGUCCCGCUCUGCCGUAGAGAAACCUGGCUCGGGAGUGAUGGAUUUUUAUUGAGGAGAAAAAAAUAUUGAAUCAGUGGAAAAGGGAUUCGCGAAAAGGAGUGAAGAGAAAGCUGGAAGGAAAGAUGAUAGGUUUAUACACGCUUUCUUAAGUUGGUAUAUAGUAACGGUAUUCAACUAAAGCUCAUCGGCAUC